AUGACGACCCCUGCCGAUGGCCCUGCCUUGGCCGCCACCACCACCACCGCUACCGUGCCCUCCCCGAUCGACCUGUCCACUGGCUGGCCGAACCCCACGCUCCUCCCCGCCCGAGAUCUACGCGGCUCUGCCGAUACCGUGUUGACCACCCCGGCCAUUGCAGACCCAGCCUUGCUAUAUGGCCCCGAUGAGGGCUACGGACCGCUGCGCGAGCACAUCGCCCAGUGGCUGACGGCAUUUUAUCAGCCACAGGAGCCUAUCUCGCCGCAGCGCAUCUGCAUCACCGGCGGGGCGAGCCAGAAUCUGGCCUGUGCCCUCAACGUCUUUACGGAUCCUGUCUACACGCGCAAUGUGUGGCUGGUCUCGCCGACGUAUCACCUAGCCUUUCGGACUAUGGAUGAUGCCGGGUUCGCGGGGAGAUUGCGCGCCGUUCCUGAGGAUGAUGAGGGGAUCGAUCUGGAGUUUUUGGAGAGUGGGUUGCUUGCCGCGGAGGAGAAGGCGAAGCAGGAAGGGAAUACGGAGCCGAAGAUGAAAUCGCCGCAGCCCUGGCGGAAGAUUUACAAACACAUCAUCUACACCACCCCGACCUUCUCCAACCCCUCCACCAAGAUCAUGUCCUACCGCCGCCGAGAGGAGCUAGUUCGUCUAGCGCGCAAGUAUGAUGCGCUAAUCAUGGCUGAUGAUGUCUACGACAUGCUGCAGUGGGCAACAACGCCGACGGGCAAACUCGCCGCACCCGACAAGUCCUUCCUCCCGCGCCUGGUCGAUGUCGACCGGUAUCUGGACGGCGGGCCGCAGGACAUAUGGGGCAAUGCAAUGAGCAACGGCAGUUUUAGCAAGCUGAUCGGGCCCGGGGCGCGGACUGGAUGGGCCGAGGGAACGGAGCAGUUUGCCUUCGGGUUGUCGCAAGUAGGCUCAUCCCGGUCAGGCGGUGCCCCCUCACAGCUCUGUUCCGCCAUCAUCGACCAACUACUCCCAACGGGGAUAUUACAGAAUCACAUCACAGAUGUCCUCCAGCCCGCCUAUGCAGAGCGCUACCACCUCCUCCGCACCGCAAUCGAAGAGCACCUCAUCCCCCGUGGUGUGACCCUCCCCGCGCCUUCCCCUAUCGCUGCAGGCGGGUACUUCAUUUGGAUUGCGCUACCCGCUCCACUGAAAGCAGAAGAGAUCGUGUCACUGUCCGAAAGCACGGAGAACCUCCGCCUCGCACCGGGCGACAUGUUCCAGCUCCCGGGCGACACGUCAGCGGCGACAGAUGGUAAAUUCAACAAUUGCCUCCGCCUGUGCUUUGCGUGGGAAGAGCCACGUCACCUGACCGAGGGCGUGCGUAGGCUGGCGCGCGUCCUGGAGCGAGUCCAAAAGUAA